CUCCGCGGCAACGCAAGGCAAGUGUUGAAGCGAGAGGACGAAGAGGAGAGCGUUCGAGCUUUCGCUUCCCCAACGCAGGAGAGAGGAAGGAAGGAAGGAAGGAAGGAGGCGUCGGUCCUUCAGAAGGAGGCGGGGGCGAGAGCGCGACUCACAGAGAGAGAGAGAGAGAGAGGGAGAGGGAGAAGGUGAAAGAGCUUGGCGCCUCGUGCACACGGAUGCACUCGUCGAGCGAAGAAACGGAAGCACUACUACUACAGCGUGGCGUAUUUGUUGGUGAGUGUGAGGGCGCGAGGGAGAGAGAUAGAGGUAGAGCGAGCGAGAGAGGAGGGCAAUCCGGGAGGGGGAGGAAGAGGCAGAUCCGGUAUCGUAAGAUCUGUGGUUGGUCGGGGCGGAGAUUUGCGAAGAGCGAGUUUGAGUAGAGAAUGGUGGUCGUGAUCUGUUUCAUUUCGUCUUCUUUUUCGCGCAGAGGAGCGGCGCCGGACGGGAGGAAGAGGUGCAGUUGCUCAUAGUUUUGGGAUUUAGUUUAUGAAGGGGCGAAGAUCAGGAAGAGGCUGCCGCUGGAAGGGGAGCGAGACGAUUGUCGCCAUCUAUGUUGCGCGAGAAGGCGGAUCUGGUGAAGUUAUAGGCGGUGAUCUGUGCGCGGCUCUUGAAAGUUGUACUAUGAGGCAGGUGACGGGGUGGCAUUGUGAGACAUUGUGUUAAAGGAUGCCAAGGCAGGGUGCGAGUCGGUUGACUUUCAGAUUGAUGACUGAGUACCUGUUCUUUCACCCGUUAGCGAAGAGCGCUAGGAGCGAGUAGGUUCCAUGUAAGCUCUCCUGCAGUCGCGAGAACAUUGGAUGUUGAGGUCUCAGCUCAUGCGCCUCUCCCAUCAGAUGUCCAGGUUUCCCAAUCGGACCGAUUUCAUCGCUAUAGACGAGUUCUUAAGCUUAGACAAUGACGAGAAAUUGGGGCGCAACUGAUGGAAGAUCGCCUGUCGAGAGGAAUGGGAUUGCCAGAUUACCACAUCACUAGCUGGGCGGAGUCGAUGACCUGUAGAUGAGUUACACCCGAUGAACAGUCGACAGUAGAGUGCACUUCCCUUCCUUGAUUGCGAAUCUAUUUUUGGGAAAUGUGGCUACCGGAGUGGAUCAGGGCCAAACAUCAACGCCGUUUGCUUUUCUUUGCGCAAGACAAGUGGUCAGUAGCGGCUCGCGAAUGUAGCCUUUAGGCCUGUUUGAGUAUAAAUUUUGAGUAACUAAACAGACUCAUUCUGGCUGUUAUUGAUUUCUGAUUUCAGCAUCUAGAUAGACCUACUUUUGCUAUAGCCAGCAUCAGACCCCGUGAUUGAGUCAGCCCAGUGUUGCUUUCUUGGCUGAGCGGAAACUGGAACAGAAACUCGACAUCUUUCUUUGAUUGAUGAUAACGGAGAAUUAGACACUCGGUCAGGCCAGUUUUGAUUGAGGAUGGCUCCGACUCUUCCUCGAAGCACUUUGGAGGAGAUGUUGGAGUCGAUCAAGAAGACGGAUGACAAACAGAGAGAUAUGCCACCCGCACUGCCACAGAGACCGACUUCCAGAGCCCGACUGCCAUCGUCGAUUCGUGGGAGGAAGUCUGCUAGCUCUUCAUCGGACAAAUCGAGACAAUCCGUUGAUAAUCAUUCGAAAAACUCACGACCUUCUAAGCCUGGGUCCAACUCUGAAUCCCCCGGUACUUCAGUAGGCGGGAGCCCUCCAAAGAGCGAACGCAGUGUUGAUAGCGGCCGUAUAGGGAACGGUAAUAAACCUGCAUCUCCGAAAAGCAGGGCUGCUUCUUCUUCAAACUCUCCAUCUGGUAGUGUUAACGUAGGGCGACCGAGUAAAGACAAGGACGAAGCUGAAGUGAAUAGUAAUGGACAUAAGAUCAACAACGAUCAUACAGUUAGGAACUCAACUUCCGGAGGGAGAUUGUCCGAGAACGGUGGUAGUACUCCUCCCACGGCUUCCUCGAGCAAUGCAGCUGCUGCCAGUUCAAGGAAAUGGAAGGACGAGUCAUUGGCCGGAUUGAAAAAGAAUUCACGUGUCUGGUGCCUAACUCCUGAGAAGAUCUGGACCCUUGGCCUUAUCCACUCCACCAAAGACACAGAAUCUGUCGUUCGAACUCUAGACGGCCAACUACUGAAAGCAGCGACUCCAACUAUCCUUCCCGCAAAUCCAGACAUCCUCGAAGGAGUAGACGACCUUGUACAGCUUAGUUACUUGAACGAGCCUGCUGUGCUGCACAAUCUUGAGUUCCGAUAUGCUCAGGACAAAAUCUACACAAAAGCUGGGCCUGUUCUGAUCGCCAUCAACCCUUUCAAGAAAGUCCCCAUCUACACCCCUGAUCUAGUCUACGCCUAUAGACAACCGAAGGCCGAGAGCAGUUUGGGACCGCAUGUGUAUGUCACCGCAGAUUGUGCUUAUGGAGCAAUGGUUAAGGACGGAGUCAACCAAGCAAUCAUUAUCAGUGGCGAAAGUGGUGCUGGAAAGACAGAAACAGCCAAGAUUGCCAUGCAAUAUCUUGCGGCUCUUGGAGGUGGUGGUGGAGUGGAGAACGAGAUUUUGCAAACCAAUCCCAUUCUGGAAGCAUUUGGCAACGCAAAGACGCUGAGAAAUGAUAACUCGAGUCGUUUUGGAAAGUUGAUUGACAUCCAUUUUGACAGAGCCGGCAAAAUCUGCGGGGCUAAAAUACAAACUUACUUACUUGAGAAGUCAAGAGUAGUGCAACAAUCAAACGGAGAACGUUCUUAUCAUAUCUUCUAUCAGCUUUGUGCUGGGGCCGACUCGAAACUUCGAGAACGCUUGAAAUUAUUGGCAGCAGAAGAGUACAACUAUCUCAAUCAAAGCAACUGCAUGACCAUCGACAAUGUGGAUGAUGUGGAACAGUUUCGUUUGAUGAAGAAUGCGAUGAAGGUCGUGCAGAUCAGUCAAACAGACCAAGAGAGUGCAUUUGCGAUGCUUGCAGCUGUUUUAUGGAUUGGUAAUAUCAACUUCUCGGUUGUCGACACUGAAAACCAUGUGACCAUUGUCGACAAAGAGGCGGUCAAGCAGGCAGCAGGACUCUUGAAUUGCAAGGUUGACAAGCUGGUCGCAGCUCUCUCUACCCGCCGAAUUCGGGCUGGAAAUGAAGAUAUAGUACAGACGCUGACACAUGCACAGGCAUUGGAUUCCCGGGACGCUUUGGCGAAAGCGAUAUACGCAAACUUGUUCGACUGGCUUGUGGACCGUAUUAACAAGUCACUGGAAGUUGGCAAACGCCGGACAGGAAGAUCAAUCAGCAUACUGGACAUCUAUGGCUUCGAAUCUUUCCAAAAAAAUAGUUUCGAACAGCUAUGCAUAAACUACGCCAAUGAGAGGUUGCAGCAGCACUUCAAUCGUCAUCUCUUCAAACUUGAACAGGAGGAGUACACUCAAGAGCAUAUAGAUUGGACCAGAGUAGACUUCGAAGACAACCAGGAAUGCCUGGAUCUUAUUGAGAAGAAACCUCUUGGCUUAAUCUCUCUGCUGGAUGAGGAGUGUACGUUUCCCAGAGCGUCUAGUGUCACAUUCGCCAAUAAACUCAAGGAACAUCUUAAAGGGAAUGCAUGCUUCAAAGGAGAGCGCACUAAAGCGUUCCGGAUUUGUCACUACGCUGGCGAGGUUACGUACGACACGAGUGGCUUCCUAGAGAAGAAUAGGGACUUGCUGCAUGGUGACCUGGUACAAUUGUUAGGGUCUUGCAACAACUCCUUGCCGCAGUUAUUUGCAGCCAACAUCGGUGAGAAUGUCCAGAGACUGCUCAGUCCGACCCGGAAAGCCAAUGGUACUGAAUCGCAAAAUCAGUCACAAAAACAAAGCGUUGCCACCAAAUUCAAGGGACAACUGUUCAAGUUGAUGCAAAGGCUGGAAAGCACCGAGCCUCAUUUUAUUCGGUGUAUCAAACCCAACAGUUUGCAGCUACCCAACAUCUACGAGCAGGAACUUGUUUUGCAGCAGCUGCGUUGUUGUGGAGUGUUGGAAGUGGUGCGGAUUUCUCGUUCUGGUUAUCCAACUCGCCAUUCCUUCCAACAGUUUGCAGACAGAUACUCGUUUUUACUUCCGAAACCAAUGUCGCCCAAAGAGAAUCCCCUCAGUGUGUGCGUUGCAAUUCUCAAGCAGUUUGGUAUACCUCAAGAAAUGUACCAAGUUGGAAUUACGAAGUUGUUCUUUCGUGCGGGACAGAUUGGUCAACUAGAAGACACGCGACUUCACACACUUCAAGGCGUCAUUGGGGUGCAGUCACUUUUCAGAGGUUACAAAGUUCGAUGCUGGUACAGGCUUUUGAGGCACACGGCAAUAUUUUGUCAGACUUUGGUUAGAGGAGCCAAGGCAAGGCGGGAAUUCAAGAUUCUAAAAGAAAGGCACUACGCCGCGAUCAUUAUUCAAAAGCAUUUUAGAAGAAAAUUAGCCACUUGGAAAUACCAUACGACCUUACAAAUGAUCGUAGUAGUCCAAUCAGCUGUACGGAGCUGGCUUGCUAUGAAAGAGCUGGAAAAACUACGUCUACAAAAAGCGGAGACAGAUAGGGCUGCGAAACUUUUGGCUGAGCAAAAAGCCGCUGCCGAGGCCGCAGAGUUGGCGGCGGCUCGGGAACGUGAGUCUCGCGAUUUCCGUGAAGCUCAGGAAGCUAAGGAGGCUCAAGAAGCCGCUGCCGCUGCAGCCUCUGCUACAGCUGCUGCCAAGAGUGUAGCCGUCACCACUUCCUUAGUAAAGGACAAGGAACAUGUGAAGGAGACUAGCGUGCCUGCACCGAGUGACUCCAAGGUUAAGGAUGUUGAGGUGGACACAAGCAUCAAGGUUCAGCCCUCAGUGUUACUGGAGCUACAAAAGAGAGCUCUCGCAGCAGAAAAGUCUCUUAGGGAAAAGGAGGAAGACAAUGCCCUCUUGAAGCAUCGGCUACAACAGUUUGAAGCACGGUGGCUAGAACACCAAGCGAAGAUGGAGUCCAUGGAGGAGAUGUGGCAGAAGCAAAUGACCUCUUUGCAGUUAAGUCUUGCGGCUGCUAAGAAGAGUCUUGCCAAUGAUGAGCCAACAACCGUUGUUCAGCGCGAAGAGGAGCGUUUGAAUCUACGAAUUAGUGUUUCUAGGCACCGGGCUUCUCGGCAUAUUCUACCUCAGGACGACGACGACUUUGACUGGGAUGACUCCACGACAUUAGGAACGAAGUCUCCAGAUAUGAGUGUCACUCCAAGAAAGUACCCCCCUCACCCACCCUUGGAGUAUCCGUUAAGUCGGGGCGAACUCGAUGCAGGGAGGUCGUUAGUAGGUCAUCUGGUCAAGGAGUUUGAUCAAAGGACCCAGGUCUUUAAUGAUGAUGCUGAUUUCUUAGUAGAGGUGAAGUCAGGUCAGACGGAGGCCAACUUGAACCCUGAUGAGGAGCUGAGAAAGCUGAAACAUCGAUUUGAUGUAUGGAAGAAAGAUUUCAAGGUAAGGUUAAGAGAAACAAAGACAGUGCUCCAUAAGCUUGGAAGCAUGGAUGCUGUCGAGAAGACUAAGAAGAAAUGGUGGGGAAAGAGGGGUAAUGUGUAAGUAAGUGGGAUUGAUCUUUCCUUCGCCCUUAUGCAUAGUAUUUAGUCCAGUUAUUUGGCCUAGGCAGAGAGAAUCUUUGGCGCAUUUCCUUGUUUGGAAAUGGAAUGAAGCCAAGACGACGAUGUGAUCUCCUAACUAUCAGAGGUUACUGCUUUUUAGUGUAUAUUUGACCGUGUCUCAUUGGGAUUAGCACCAGCAGGAUGCUGCUCUGACAGGUGUCAAUCAAAGCCGAGAGAGCGGGUGAUUGAGCACCCUUAUUUCUGGGAGAGACGAAGUAGAAGCAGUUUGACCAUUCUUUGUAGAGUUGAGAAAUUAUUUAAUUUCUAUCAAUCUUGACAACCACUGUACCAAAUUCCUUUCAACUACUGUAAACCUCAUCUUCCUGGUUUGAUUUAUAAUCCGGCCGCAGUGAAAUCUGGUCGUUUUGAGGACCUUAUUGUGCAGUGACUCUAGUUUAGCUGAAUCUUUGUUAAGAAGCAUGAUUCCUGAGAAAGGAAGGCAUGUAAUCUUGUUUCGGACUACGGUGCUCAGCUGGACGUGCUGCGUGUUGCAAAGGAUGAGUUAUUUUUAAAAAACGCGAUACCUCUUUUCAUGCCUCCAUUAAGGAGUAAUUGCUGUAUCGUACCGUGGUUUUCUUAACUGCCUCGGUGCGAGUUUUUCAGAUGAUAGGCUCUGUUGUACUUUGAUCACAUGCCGCUCAAAGCCUCGAAACCUGGCACAGUGGGACAUGACACUCUUGUGAGAGUGUCGCAGGUCUCUCUGAUGUUUUCUCCUGAAGAUCACAUCAAGAUUGAACUGGCCACCAGUUUUUGGAGUGUGACAAUCAUUUGUUUCUCACCCAACCACGGAUAUUUUUUGGAACAAUGGAC